AUGACUUGGCAGUUAAACCUACUACUCAGUCGUGCGCCAAGCGUGGCAAAGGCAACAGCUCGAAUAGAAAUUGUCCAAAUAAUUUUUCAGGAAUUAAAAAUGUUUAACAAUCAAAUUUUUUUGUUGUUCAGUGUAUUUUCUAUGUUUUUUAUGUGGCACAUUGAUGCCCAUAUUGAAGUUGAAAAUAAGCCCGUCACGGAAGACUGCCUGGAGUGCCUAUGCGAGGCGAUGAGCGGCUGCAAUGCAACGAAGAUCUGUGUGAAUGGAGCGUGCGGCAUCUUUCGCAUCACCUGGACCUUCUGGCAGGACGGCGGGUCAUUACUAGGACCUGGGGAGGGCGACGCAUUCACAAACUGCGUCAAUGAUCCACACUGCGCGGCAGACACCAUCCAAAACUAUAUGUAUAAGAACGGCGAGGACUGCAACGGAGAUGGGAAGGUCAACUGCAAGGACUAUGGAUCCAUACACAAGCUGGGCAAUCUGAAGUGCCGGGACGAGCUGCCAGCCACCUUCGGGACCAUCUUCUUCAAGUGCCUGGCUAGAAAAGAGCGAGAGGCCGCAGAAGCCCAGAAGAACAACUCGACUUAAAUAACUUUUGUCUUUAUUUGGGUUUGUUUUUCGAAAACAGUUAGUAAUAUACAUUGCUUAUGUUUUUCCAUUUGAACAGUUUCCAAUACAUGGGGCAUAGAAUCUAUAGAACUAUAGUCAUAGUACACAGUAUAUAUAUAACAUAUGUAUGUAUAUAUAUGUAUUUAUAUAUAUUUAUAUAUAUAUAUAUUACUUGGUAGUAUAUAGUAUAUGCAAAACUACUAUAGAAUUCUUUUCAACACGUUCGAAUUUGGUUAACGUUCGCUAAAUACUUGUUUGUUUUUCUUAACGGAUUCAAAAGAGUUCUUAAGUUAAUUUCAUAAUUUUUUUAUUCUUUUGUUAUUGUUGUUUACUUUUGCUUUAGCUACGCUUCUGCAUUCGGUAUUAAAAUCUAUUAGGCGUAGAAUUGAAGUUGAAAAUUUUCUUUUGUUUUUCAUACAUAGUAUAUAUUUUUAAUUGUUUAAAUUGUUUGGAACAACCUUUUCAACUUAUGAGACAGAUGAGUUUGUUAGGCUUGACUGGAAAAAGAGGAAAUCUAAAAGAAGAGUUCUAGAAAAUAGAUCUAUUUCCAUAACUUUAUCGUAUGCUCUGUAGCUAAGGCAGAGUUACAAAAGUUGUUUCUUUUUUUUUU